CAGCUGAGCCUGACAUCUGUCAACUGUUUGAAAACUUCUACUCCUUCUCCGCCGGACGGACCGAGAAUGGGAAACUACCCGAGCUAGUUUCUGAAGAGGACACAAAUUCAGGGGGGAGCUGUGCUAAAAUUGCCAGGUUGAUCCCUGGUUGAGCCUUCAGUCACACACUUUACCUCCAGAGAAGGAACAGGAGCACAGUGAAGAUGCAGACCUUCCUGAAAGGCCGGAGAGUCGGCUACUGGCUCAGCGAGAAGAAGAUGAAGAAGCUGAAUUUUCAGGCCUUUGCUGAUUUGUGCAGGAAAAGAGGAAUAGAAGUUGUUCAGCUGGACCUCAGCCAGCCUCUGGAGGAGCAGGGUCCCCUGGACGUCAUCAUCCACAAACUGACUGACCUCAUCCUGGAGGCUGACCAGAAUGAUUCACAGGCCGUGCUGCUGGUGCAAAGAGUACAGGACUAUAUUGAUGCCCAUCCUGAGACCAUCGUCCUGGACCCCCUUCCAGCCAUCCGAACCUUGCUGGACCGCUGCAAGUCCUACCAGCUCAUCAACAGGAUAGAGAGCUGUAUGCAAGAUGAAAGGAUUUGCUCUCCUCCAUUCAUGGUCCUGAACACGGAGUGCAGCCCAGAUGUGCUGGAGCAGAUCAAGAGGCAAGGACUCACAUUCCCCUUCAUUUGCAAAACACGGGUGGCUCAUGGAACCAACUCCCACGAGAUGGCCAUUAUCUUCAGUGAAGAAGACCUGAAGGACGUAAAGCCUCCUUGUGUUAUCCAGAGCUUCAUCAACCACAACGCUGUGCUCUACAAGGUGUUUGUGGUGGGAGACUCCUACACCGUGGUAGAGAGGCCUUCACUGAAGAACUUCCCUGCUGGACCAGCAGACAGGGAAGCAAUUUUCUUCAACAGCCACAAUGUUUCCAAACCAGAGUCCUCCUCAGACUUAACCACGUUUCAGCCCGACCACAGAGCUGGCCUUCCUCACCAGCUUGGUGAGUCUGCUGGUCUCACCAGCCUUGAUGCCACCGCCCCAGCACACCACAGCAAAGAACAGUGCGCUGGCUACUACAGACUGCUAAAAUAUCUCCACGAGCCUGUUGCACACACUGAAGGAUCUGAGUCUCCUCAGGAAGAACAGUCUGCUCUGUCCCUUCCUGAAGAGGGCGUCGGUGUUGUGGGACCAGUCCAGUUUUUUAUUGAUUUGAACCCUAAGAGAGAGAACGUAGAGUCUCAGCCACCCAGCGAUGAUGUCAUCAGAGAGCUGUCCAGGUCAUUGCGGCAGGCGCUGGGCGUGUCCCUGUUUGGCAUCGACGUCAUCAUCAACAACCAAACAGGCCAACAUGCCGUCAUUGACAUCAAUGCAUUCCCUGGUUAUGAGGGCGUCCCAGAGUUUUUCAAUGACCUCCUGAACCACAUCACCAGCGUGCUUCAGAGUCACAACGCAGACUUCGCCCCUGCCAGCGAGCAGCCCAAAGGCCUGCCGGUUAGCACCACGGUACCGAACGCCGCCCCGGCGCCCCCCGGCUGCUGCAGCAUGCUUGGAAAAGAGGCCAGCGGCAGCCCUUGGAUCGUAGAGGGCGACGGAGGGCUGAAGGGCCCCCGUCAGAGACUGGGCUGCAACUCGGCCAUGUCCCCAAACUUCCAGCAGCACUGUGUCUCCACGAUAGCUACCAAGGCUUCCUCCCAGUGACUGAUCCCCUGCCCCCACUCAGUUUGAUCCCUGAGCAAAAAAAAAAAAAAAAAAAAGACGGAUGACAAUGGUGACAAUAAUAAUGAAUAAUAAUUAUGAUGUUAAUGAUGAUAAUAUAUCUAAUCCAACAAAAAAAAUUCACUAUGUAGUUAUUGAAAAUGAUGGUGAUUGAGUGUAAGCUUUUUUCUCUCUGCCAUUUUGUAUUUUUCGUUUUGUCUAAUGAGACUUAAAAGUACUGUAAUGUGAACUUUUGGGAACUUUUGCCUAAUAGCUGAUUUUAUUUUUUCUCUCUUGUGUGAGUUCUCUGCAAUUAAAGGGUCCAGAUGAGGUAGCUAAUGGGAAUGGCGGAAUCAGGACUGGAGAAAGAUGUGCCACUAGAUGUGCAAUGUAUGAUCUCUUGUAUCUCUCACAAACAUAAACACACACACACACGUACGUCUACAUUGCGACGGACCGUACCAGUGAUGUGUGUCCUUAUUCUGGUCAAUACCACUGACUCCUCUGCACAAAAUGAGGGGGAGAAACGGUGGCUGGGCAUUUGAACACUACUCCACAGAUACUGGGCUGCUAUGUGACUGUGGCCAACUGACGGCAGAGGACAUAAUGAGUCUGAACACGAAUAAGAUAGUUUUGGGUUUUGUUAGUUUGAACAAAGAGAUAAGCCGUUUACUUUUCAGGGUGCCAUCAAAUUUACUUUGAGGGUGCUGCAGGAAAAAAAAUCUUCAAAAGAAGAAAGUAAAUCUCCAUGACCAUCACAAUCACAUUUUUUGUAAUGACUGGUCCGUGUUUCUAGGUCUUUGAGUUUUUUUUACUGUAUGUCAGAAGCCAGAUGGUAGGUGUUCAACAAACAAACCGCGACCUUGUUGGAGUCCCAGUUUGAGUCACUCCGGUGCAGGAAGACGAGGAUCACAUUCCUUUUUGGGUUUGUGGAUGUUUUCAGAGAAUUCCAUGAUUUGUCAGACUUCCAGUGGGAUCUUGUGAGAUUUCUCACAGGAUCACUUCAUGGGUUUGUAAUCUCCUUAAACAGACUUCUCCACAUGUCUUUAAUGCUUGUAUCUGUAAUGUGAGCAAACUACUCUCCUGAGGCCGACUUGACUUCUCAACAGACUCGGGGCUGCUGUGUUAAUCAGAGAAUCGUUUAUCAGAAAAUCAAUUAUUCCUAUAAAAUUAAGGUAAAAGUGUGUUUAAAUAUCCGCUGAUUGGUAUUGUUUUGAUACCAUUAAAUGACAACAGUUCCAGAUGAUUGAGGAUUUUUAUUUUGUCUCUCUUAUUUUGAUUUAGUUUCACUCUAACAGCACUUUCUCACAAAAUGUAGUUAAAGAAAGCUUCAGUCCAGUCGGUUCAUUUGCUUCAAGCUGAACUACUCUGACUUUUGUUCCUGCUGCUGUAUUUUUGUCACGUGUUAAAAUCAUUUGGAGGGGAAGUGUGGGGGGGAGGCAGUCUGGCUCUUGUUCCCAGUGUUCACUGUGAGAUUCUUUUUUUUUUUUACUCCAAAUUUGUUAUCUUUGUCCUGAUAUCUACUAAGAGCAACUUUAUUUUAUUGAGAUUGUAUGUGGAAAAAAUGUUUUAUAUAAAUGAAAUGAAAGCACAGGGAUGUUUUUGAACCAACGGUGGAUAUUUACUAUAGGUAUAGUAAAAUGCUGGGUCUGGUUGUACAGGUGGUGUCAAAGGGACAGAUGGGCUUGUGGUCGAUGCUGUUGUCUCCCUCUAGCAUCUAGUGGGAAGGAGUGCCAACCUGCAAAAUUUUGCAUUACUCUGAGCCUGCUUCUUCAUCUUUUGUCCCAGAGAGCUUCUCCUAGCCGUUUCAUUUUCCUCCAUCAGUAUCCGGGGGACCUAACUGUCCUCUUGUUAGGCCUGUUAUCGUAUAUAACGGUGUCAGAGCAGCCAUCUCACCAGCAUCUCUCUGGGACAAAAGAAUGCCAAUGAUGUUCUGAAAGUUGGUCUUCACUAGACACAUCCUAUUGUUUCCACAAAACAGUUAGAAUCCAGUUUUAAUCUCCCACAAUUUGAGUGUCAUGAAGCAAUAAUAAAUUCAGAAUAUAAAGGUAUUGCAGCAGGUUCAGGGUAACCCCCCCCCAAUUCCUCAUCUAGAAAAUGGGGCAAAAGGCUGAUAUCACUCAACUAUAUUGUGUGUCCUAUGUUGUGUUCCUUAUCAUGCUUCUAAAUGGGAAAUAAAUGGUUAAUCCUACCCUUGGUCAUGUCUGCAGCCCAGAUGGUGUCAUCAUGCUCCCAGUUUUCCCCUGAAUGUUUACUACUUGGGUGUCUUGUACAGUAUGUGUAUAUGCCUAGGCUUACAUCUGUACAGUAUGUUUUGUAUCAGUUCUGUAAUUGAGAGAAAUCCACAAUUUUGUGACCUUUUUUUAAUUGAAUGGCCAAACCAACAGGGCAAAAUAAACAUGUGAAACCUUA